UCUUAGGCUGUCUGUCCAGGCCAUCCGAGCAGGCAAGAACUCUCCUCCUUCUGCUUUUAAAACAUUUUUGACUUAUUUUGUCAGUGUCAACAGGGAGGCUCCUCGGUGCCUGCCCUUACCCGGGUGUUUGGUCAUCCCGACUACAGGGAGAAGAAAAAUAAAGGAAAAACAGGACUUUACUGAUCUGAGAAGAAGCUUUUCACUAAACUCUCUUCAAAAUGAGCAAUUACACAGUAACCCUGUCUGGACCUGCACCAUGGGGCUUCAGGCUGCAGGGAGGCAAAGACUUCAACAUGCCCCUGACCAUCUCCCGGAUCACACAAGGCAGCAAGGCAGCAAGUGGAAACCUCAAUCAGGGUGACAUAAUUACAGCGAUCGAUGGGGUCAGCACUGAGGGCAUGACCCAUCUGGAGGCCCAAAACAAGAUAAAGGCAGCCACCACCAAACUCAACCUCACCAUGCAGAGGUCGAGACGUCCCGCUCCUGUACCCACAGCCACUCCAAGAAUGGACUCACCCAUGCCAAUUAUCCCUCACCAGAAGGUCAUUGCCAACACAGCUGCCAACCAAGAGUAUGUUCCCAGCUUCAACCCCAUCGCACUGAAGGACUCAGCUUUGUCCACUCACAAGCCUAUCGAGGUCAAGGGUCCUGGUGGGAAGGCUACUAUCAUCCAUGCCCAGUACAACACUCCUAUUAGUAUGUAUUCUCAGGAUGCCAUUAUGGAUGCCAUUGCUGGUCAGGCCCAAGCCAGAGGAAACGAGAUGAGUGGUGAUGACGCCGCUGGAUCUCCCUUGGCCUCACUUCCCAUUAAAGACCCUCUUGUGGACAGUGCUUCUCCAGUCUACCAGGCUGUGAUCAAACCUGACAAUAAGGAGAUGGAGAUGUCAGAGUGGGCCCGUCGUGCCGCCAACCUGCAGUCCAAGUCCUUCCGUGUCCUUGCUCAUAUCACAGGAACGGAGUAUUUGCAAGAUCCAGAUGAGGAGGCUCUUAGAAAAUCAAGGGAGAAGUUUGAAUCAGAGGUAAAAGGCCCACGAUUUGCCAAACUGAAAAACUGGCACCACGGCCUGUCUGCACAGAUCCUUAACAUCCAGGGGUAAAUGCAAACCAAAGUUACUGGAGAGGAGUUGAGGCAACAGUCAACAAGGAAACCUGGAGGCGAUGUAAAGUGAGGGUGCAAAAGGCAGAGAGGAGUAGUGUAGCGACUGGAAUGUUAGAGUUCGAGUUCUAAACAAGCCUGUAAGUGAACACACAGCUCCUGUGUUUGAUGUUCAUAUGUCUUUUUGUUUCAUGUAACUUUCAGCCACUAAAACAGUGCAUAGUGCUCAGUUUGUCAUUUUCGUUUUCAUUUUAUGUUUCUCUUUUUCUUUUUUGGCUGCUCUGUUUAUCCUAAAUUAUUUCUGAAUAAUAAAUUGCCUGAAUGAUUUACUGAUGUAAAGAACCCUGAGAGAA